GUGACCUAUAUUGAAAAUUAAUUUAAAAAAAUAUUUCUUAUUUCACUUUCUUUUUUGUAAACUGCAACAUGAUUCACAAAUUAAGUGAAAAAUUUAUACACGAUAUCAUAACGUCCAGACAGUGGUUUUUUAUUAUAUGUCUGCCUAGUCUUUAUUUUUUUUACCACAGCUGUUUAGCUUAAUGCAUUCUGGCUGCCUGUGACGGUUAUUUGGUAGCAACGCUGUCAAAUUUUGACAGUUUUAUUUUAGAAUGGCGGCUUUGGCUUGUUUUAAGAAAUUAUCAGAUAUUGUUGAAAAGAUUUUAAAAUCGUCUUCAAUGACUGUCAACGAUCUACACGAAAACUAAAAAGUAAAAACUUCUGCACCAUAAAUCCGGAAGCAAUUAAUGUCUUCUGCUUCAACUUUCUGCAUUGGAAUGCUAACGAUUGACUGCUGUGUUUUAAAAUUCUCGUGAAGUUUUUUAAUAAAAUGAAUCUUGCUGGAAACAAUAUGUCUUUGUCAAAUAAAUAUCUUGCUCAAACAACUAUAAUUUCUAAGAUUUAAUACCAUUUGAAAAGGGGUUUAAAAAAAUAGCAAACAUGCAGAACGGUACAUAUCCUUGGAUGGCGACGUCGUCUUUGGCUCAAAAGAACUGGCCUGUGACCCCUGGCUACCAGGCAAGUCUCAGCGACCUCUUCUUGAAGAAAAAUCCUCUUCACUUCGGGACAGGCAUAUCGCAGUUGGCCGCUGCUUCGAACUACAUCGAGAAAAUGUCGACCAUAAACGAACCGCCUCCGAAAUGCCAUCACCCUGACGCUAAAGACAAGGGACACCCCUGUGAAAUUUGUCAGCAAUACUUAUUAAGCAGUAAUUUUAAUAACAUAAGCAGCAUGCUGAGGAAUGAUGGCACUUCAGCGAAUGCCACACGGCAAAGUAACAGUCCCAUCAUGACCAAUUCUCCAUCUGAAAGGAAACCGAUGAACCUUAUGCCUAACGGACCACCUCCGAACGUCAUACCUACGUCCGGCAUGCAUCCAUCUAUGAGCAUGCAUCCGGGGGGUCCUCCCCCCGGCAUGCAGAAUAUGAAGCCUAGACCUUUACCAACAAAACAGUUCCCCUGUCCUGUGUGUCAUAAAUUAUUCACCCAAAAAGGCAAUCUAAAAACUCACAUGAUGAUCCAUACCGGGGAAAAACCGUACGCCUGCCAAGCUUGUGGAAAAAGCUUCACUCAAAAGGGAAAUGUAGAUACACAUAUGAAAAUACACACUGGGGAGCGUGAAUACGGCUGUGACGCCUGCGGAAAGCGGUUCACUCAAAAAGGCAACUUAAAGACUCAUAUCCGAAGUGUGCACACGAAAGAGAAACCCUUUGCAUGUGGUUUAUGUGGGAAAUGUUUUUCCCAAAAGGGUAACAUGCAGACUCAUAUAAGAACACAUAACAAAGACGACCGUUUCCCAUGUACACUUUGCGGAAAAACAUUCUCCCAGAAAGGCAAUCUAAAGACUCACAUGGCCCGACACGCAGGUCAGAUUCCGACCAAGCGACAGUUCGGUUCACGUCUUGCGAACAGAACUUAUGUCGGGCAGUUGGUUAAAGCCGGUCAGACAACAGUGCCUCGUAUGCAACCAUUCCCCAUUCAGCCGUCUCCCGUGUCUUCGCAAGCGUCGACCACGUCACCUCUGAACUCUCCUACCACACCUCAGCCCAUGGGUUCGAACCAGAAUAAUCACCCGGAUAUACGUAGCCCCCACCAGGGCCUCGGCAACCCUUAUUCCGAAUCUCCCAUUGAUCUUAAGCCCCCUCUCAAUUGCCACCUCCCACUAUCACGACCCAUGUCCUGUAACCAAAAUCCACCUAUGGCUAACUCCCCUAGUCCGCACCCAUCCCACCUCUCGAGUCCCUCCCCCGACGAAGACGCAAAUCCGAGGCCUUUCAUCCAUAGUAAGUUAUUCCAAGCCACGCAUAGUCCAAAUUAUUUGAAUGAUCAAAUGCAGGAUCCUAACGGCAGCUUGAUGAAUUCCCAGCAGCAAUCGAGAAUCAACAGUCCCGUCGGGACGCCCGCCGGCCACCUUCAGCAGAACCACGAGCGCGAUGCUCGUCCGUUUUACUCCGCUCCUCCCACUCCCAUACCUGCUCCACUGACUCCCGUUUCGAGGUGGCUUCCUCACGGAAUGACACGCCAUUACGAAUCUUUCCAAUCACACGCAGGUCUCGGAUGCUACAGCUCCGUGGCUUCACACACCACCCCGUUAUCUCGAUUGUCUCUACUGGCGUCGGGGUCUAUAAACUCUCAGCAAAAUCAUAGUAUGAAUUCUCAGAACCAACAACCCUUAGACGAGGAGGAAGACAUCGAGAAGGACAAAGAAGCUGUGCCACAACAACAACAACAUUUUCAUUCUCCAAAUAAUCCCGAUUUCUCCCAACUACUGGAUUGAUUUGGGUUGCAUAAUUAAGUAAAUAUACAGUUUCUUGUACAGUGUAAGUUGUUAGUGUUGAUUAACUUACAUGUACAUACAUUUUUAAUAUUGUGUGAUGCUUGUGUCUAAACAGUGAAAGUGAGUUUUUCCCUUUAAAGGGAAAAUUGUGGGGGAAAAAAUUGUUUCAUGUGUGCAAAAAGUAUUCUUUUUACAUUUAAAUUUGUGGAAGUUAAUUAUGUUUACUAGUGAUAUUUCUUACAGGGUCUAGGCACAGGCAUUCGCAAAGUAUUGUGCAUCGAUGUUCUUUGACAUAUUAAAAUUUAAAUCAGUUCUUAGCUUACUGACAAAAAUAGCUAUGCAGGGAUUUUAUACUAAAAUAUGUAAUUUACUUAAAAAUAUUCGUAUUUUAGAUAGUAAUGGCUUGCUGUAAAUAGGGAAGUUUAACCCGGUGAAUUCUUGUCUGUAUGA